AUGCCCGGCUUCAUUGUCCCCACUAACGACUCCUAUGCGACUCUCACGAUCCAUGCGCACGGCUUCAAGCUCACCCCUACGGAAGAACUUUUGCAACGCGUCCGUAACCCAGGGGAGAUUAUGGAAAUCCUUUGUCCUCGGCUCAACUCCGGCGGCGUGCCUUUCCGCAUCAUGGCGGCCGAUAACAACCGAGUUAUCAGCGUUCUCUUUGCGAACGUGCAGUCUGCUAGACAGGCCUGGUGUGGGAUGAUGAAUCAGUGCGGUGACGAGAUGCGAAGAGAUUUCGAGGUGUCUGACGAGAUUGAUGUCACAGUGACUUAUGGGCCGGACGGUGGAGUUAUGGAUAUGAGGAUUGAUUGCCCAGGUCAAGAAAAUUUGAUCCACUUGAGAGAGAACUGGUAA